AUGAAUUAUUUAUUAUUAAGUUUUAUUUCAUUAUUUACAAUAAUUAAUAGUAGUUAUAAUCCAAUUCCAACUGGAGCUAUUAUUAUAUCUACUAUAAAUAAAAUAUAUAUUAUGCAACCACAAGAAUAUAAUGGAAAUGAUCAAUUAACUAUUAUAUUUACAGCACCUUCAAAUAUGAAUAUUAUUAAUACUAUAUAUGAUUCUGUACUACGUAAUCUUUAUAUACUUUUUACAAAUGAAACAAAUGGUAGUAUUUAUUUAUGUCAAUUAAUGAGUCUUGAAACACUUGAUUCAACUAUUUAUCAACUUCCAAUUAAAUAUGAUAUUUCAAAUAUAAAUAAUUUAACUUCAUUUACAUCGGAUGUUGAUAAUCGACGUGCUUUAUUUACAGAUCAAAUGGGUAAUGUUAACUUAUUUUCUAUGAGUGGUUUAAUGCAAAUUAAUAUAUCAAUACCAACAACAAUUAUAAAUACUGUACGUUCAGUAAAUUAUGCUGAAACGAUAAAUCGAUUAUUUAUUAUAACUGAUACAAAAAUAAGUUCAUGUACUAAUUUUAAUCAAAAUAAUCUUCAAUGUUGUCAAGCACCACCUCAAUUAAAUCAACUUCGUUCAAUAGCAUUUGAUUAUAUAUCUGGUGCUAUAUAUGUUUAUGUUCUUGAUUAUACAACAGGUAUUUAUCAAGUUGUUUUAGAAUCAAAUGGAUGUCCAAAAUCUGUUCGACCUUUAAAUUCACUUGGAACUUAUAGUAAUAUUCAAUUUGUUAUUGAUCAUGGUUUAUAUUUUGCAUCGGGAAGUAAAGCAAAUCAAAAUGAUAAUUCCAUAUUAGUUAUAGCUAAUAGUACACAAACACCACGAGAUAUUUCUAUUGGUUCAAGUAUUGUUGCAUUACAUAUUUCACCUCCAAGUAUUCAAUCAACUUUAAAUAAAGUAGAAACUUGUUUUCAUGGUAUAACCUAUUCUGAUUAUCGUGUUGCCGUUAUACUUGCAGCUGUAUUUGGUACAGUAAUGGGUAUUUUUAUGUGUUUUAAUGUAUUAUUCUGUAUUGAUUUCUUUAUGACCAAGAGUAUUAUACGUAAUUUGAAAAAACAAAUACCACAUAAUUUAUUAGAAGAUCGAUGGAAUAAAUUAGUUGAAGAAAAAUAUGCAAAAUUAGCACUUGAAAGUAAAUCUAAUUUUCAUAAAUUAAAUCAUUUAAUAUCUAAUGUAUAUUUAUUUCUAGAACAACGACAAACUGAAAAUCCAGAGCCUAAACGUAAAGCAUCUAUAUUCGAACGAAAAACUCCAGUAGUUAUUCCUGCUAGUAGUGGUACAACUACUCAAGUUAGAUCAGGUACUACAACUAAUGAUGAAAUUCCUCGUAUAUCUAUUACAAAACCAAAAAUAACUGCAUAUCUUCGACGUGCAAGUGAUAAUUAUUUUAAUCGUCGUCGAAGUGUAGAAUAUCAAACUUAUCAGGAUCCACCACGUUCUGAAUUUAGUGCAACACAAUUAAGUUCACCACGAGUUCAAAUACAACCAAAUCAAAGUUAUAUUGAACCUGUAGCAGAAGAAGACGAAAAGCAAAAUCAAGGAGGAAGACUUCGACAAAAUCUUAGUGGACAACAAUUACUUAAAUUUGAUGAAGAUUUUCUAUAG